AGAAUUAUGCUUCUGUUGUAAAAUUCUAAAUAAGUGAAAUGUGUAUAUACAAAAUUAAAUGGAGUAAUUAAAGUUAUUGUCUAUAUUUAUUUAGUUCAUAAUUUUUAACUUUUACUUUUAUUUCAGAGUAUUAAUCCAGCAGCUUUGUUGAAAACACACAUAACUGGGGUGAUUAGUCAUGGACAUGGCAUGUUUGCUUCUUUCCUGGAUAUACUGCAGUUUCCACAUGACCCAAAUCUUACAAUCAAUGUGCUUUUAAGCUUUUAUUUCUGCUUUCUCAGAAAUCUACCAACUUCAAAAAUAAAACAGUUAAAACCAAACUAUAAAAACAUUCUAGAAAAAAUUGAGGCAAUUAAAAAACAAAUCAGUACAAUCAGUUACAUGUUUGAAAGCAGUGAAACUCAUCUUUGGUGGAAAGCUUUUUUGGAGAAAUUAAAUACAGUGAUGCCAAUGAGAACAAAAGAGGACAUUAUAUGGAUUACCCGACUACUAAAACAGCAAAAAAACAACAACAAAGAAACAUUAAAGACAACCUGGAUCCAAUACUUAGAAAGAUGUUGGAAAAGGAAACAAGUAGACCUCACCUGUGUUAUAAAUCCUGUGAAAGAAGAUGAUCGAAAUUUAAAAACAAGCCGAGGGAAGCAGAAGUUGAAAAAAAAAACAGAGCGCAUCCAAGGAGGAAGAAGUGGUGUUAACUGUCAAAGCACUGUAGUACAGGUCAAUAGAAAAAAACUAAAUCAACAACAUCAGCAGUGCCAAAGAGAAAGACAAACAGGAAGGCGAAUCAUGAGAUGGAAGAGCUCAAGAUGGAUCACCAUACUCACCGAUGAUGAGAGGAAAAGACACAUAUGGUUGAUAAUCCUCUUCGAACUUCUGGGACAUUUACUACUAUACAUUAUCUAUGUUUUUAUAAUGACCAGAUGUAUCAAAGAACUUUUUAUUAUGAUGGACAGAGUUUGGAAAGCUAUUUUGUUAGCACACAUGGGUCAGUUUCUGUGUUUUCUUACAGUAAACACAUACUUGGAACACUUUUGUUUUGUGUUUUGUAAUGUUAACAAGUCAUUUCCUGGCAGUUUAUUGGUUUCGUAUCCUUUCAGGCAUUCACUUAGUAUUACGCAAUAAACAGAUCAGCACAUUUUUAAGAUCACCUGAAGACAAAACACUCAAAGGUAUUAUUGUGAUCUCCUUUUUGUCCGUUGUCAAUCUGUAUCUCUU